CUCAUAAACGGCCUUGCGGGGCCGUUACUCCGAUUUGGGUGGAAACGCUCCGUCGGUGGCGGAGAGGACUCUGUGGUGCGAGAUGUCCGAGCUGCCCGGAGAGAGCAGUGUCCUAGAGAUGGGUGCAGCGAGUGUCGUCUGCGACGUCCUGCAGGCGGGAGUAGGCGGCGGGGGUCGAGCACAGGAGGCCCGGCAAGGUCCGGUGGCCGACGCUGCCCGACCCGUGGCGCGGGUCCUGCGCGCUGCUCACACGCCCAUCCCCAGCGACGUCCCCGGCCUGAUGUCCGUGCCAGACCUCCAUCAGCGGGUUGGCCAUGUAGGAAUUAAUCAGCAGCGGUUGUUCCGCCACCACCUGGAUAAUUACGCCAUGAUCCCAGUCCGAUUGCUCCGCGGCAUCGAGGGACGCCGCAGGCUGUUUGUGGAAAGCUGCAAGGCUAGGGAAGCAGCCUUUGACGCGAACCCCCCGCAGAUGGACUUGGAUGCUGCAGCUUUUACUCUGGCUCUGGCUGCAUCUGAAGCCAUCAGGCCUCCUGCCGACUAAGUCGACUGUGAUCAGACUGGUGGAGAGGAGUAGGCAAAGUGACUCUUCCGGAUCAAAAGGAAAGACAGAGGCCUGUGCCAGUUUAGUUACUCGGUCAUGGGGGGAAGCGCAGAAUAGACGAGAUCACGGUAAUGCAGAACUGAAGAGAGGGAUUACACCCAGAAAAGGAAACAGACACUGGAGACCAUUGCAGCUGCUUUUCAAGGAGGACCCGGACACUUCUGACCACUUUGUGACUGUUGGCAAUUCUUUCUCCUGCAUUUGUGGGCAAUCUUUAAGACUGUUUCACCAUAAAAGAUUGUUUUGCAAAAAUUAGAUCUAAGAAAAAUUGCCAGUAAUAGAAGCCAUAGAAAUUAACCAAGAUGGUGAAAGAAAUUAAGGAAAUACAGCUGUUAGGAAUCCAGUUGUGUCUGAGUUAUUAGAAUUGGAAGGCUAUUGAGAGAAUUUUGAAGUUUCAGAAUUUGUGGUCAUCUCCUGUCAUAGUCAACAAAACUGAGUGUAAGAUUAAUUUUUGUGUUUUCUGGGGUACUGUAGGUAAAUAGUAAAUAUUCAAAUAGAAAAAACGUGUGUUAUGUUUAUCGUAAGAUAAAUGUGUUUUAAGUUCGCGUGGAAUUGGGUAGGUGUGGGAUAGAUUUGUUUUUGUUAAUGUUCAAGCUUUUUGUUUUAUUCAAGAAUAUGUAAUCUAUUCACGAGACUCAAAAAACAAAGAAUCAAAAGAUGCUCUGAGAA